AUGGCGGCCCCACCUGCAGAGGAGACCAAUCAACACUUCCAUCAGGCCUCUGAGGAUGAAGGUAGCUUCUAUUUGUCUCAUUCACAAUUUCAUGCUGAUUCUCCAAGUUUGCUUCAACGAGUUUCUUUUGGUACAAAUCUCCAUGCUUCCUUCUAUGCAAUUCCAGAGACACCCCCCGACUACUUGAUUGAUAAUUUUGAUGUUGAUAUGGAUGAUAACUUUAUCAUGACUUCCAUUUUUAUUCCCAAUGUACCCGAUUUCCCCCAAUCUGAGAUUAAUUCUCCUGAUACUGUGUUGGAUAAUGUAGUUUUUAAUCAGUUCCCUGAAUCUGCUACUAGUCAGAGGCAAAGGGAUGACAUGUAUUAUGGCUCAGCUGAUACUAGUGACCUCUCUGAUGAUGGCCUGUUUCCAAAUCACACUGUUGGACCACUGAAAGGCAAAUCUAGAGGGGUGGAAAAGAGAAGAUCCCAUAGGAAGAAUUCCAAGGCUGCCCCGAUGUCAAAUUUGUCCGAGUUGUUGUCAGAUUCCUCCUCUAGUGUCUCUUCUUAUUAUAUGCCAGUUAGAAAAGCAAGGUCAACUGAUGAGAUUACUACCCUACAUCUGGACUCAACAAUGAAAAAGACUAACAAUAGUGGCAAGCCCAAGCACCAGGGAGGCUGGCGGAUGAAGAUAGAUAGUUUUGAUGACCUGGAUUCCACUGAAGAUGAAACUGGUAAGGAUGAAGAGAAAGUGAAUAGAAAGCGUCAUUCUGAUGACUCUGAAGAAAAACAGGAAAGAGUGCUGAAAAACAAGAAGUUCAGUCAGAUGAUGACAGUGGAUUGGCAUACAGUUUCCCUCAAUGCAAGGUUCUGA